UUAAGUCUUCUCAUUCCGUUGUUAUUCGUGCGUAAAAGCUCCGCCGCUCGUCAGUGAAUCACGCGCAGUUCCUUUCAUCAAGUUUGCAGACGCACCGAUGAGCUCGAGUCAGAGGGAGACUCUCGCAUCUGAAGGAAACUGUUGGAUUAUUAAAAAGAUCACUUUCAAGGACGACUGCUCCGGAAAGUUUGGUGUGUGUGUCCGCGUGGUGCGUCCUCUGCGCACGAGGUAAUUACAUGGAAGAAACAAUGUUUUUAUGCAACACGAGUGUCAUAAAGGACUGGGGCUAUUUCCUGUCUCAGAUCUUGCCUCUGAUGAAUAAAACCACAGGCUUGGUAAACAUUGAUAAAGCGGAGACGGUGACCACCACCGUGGCGACAUCCCUGCAGCCGGACGGCGCCAUGAGCGCGAGCAACCCGCCUCUCAACUCCAACCAUACCUCGGGCAUAGUCUUCCAGUACUCUUUCUCGGAGAGUGACCUGCUGUACACGGACUACAGGACGCCUGCGCGUGACUCCAUCCCUCUGCCCAAAGCGGUGCUCUACCUGGUCAUGGCCGCGCUGGUGGUGGUGGCUGUGGCGUACGCAAUAGUUGGACACCUGGUCAAAGAUGUGGUUAAUGACUUUGUCGGCGGAGGCAGGUCAAUUGUUGCUGAAGGUGACGGCGGCGAAGCCAGUGAGCCAGACUGGGUGUUCAGUUCUCGUCGAGCUGCAAACCGCAACAAGCCCGAGAUUAAUUGCAUCACCAACAACAUGACGGAGAUGAGUGAGUUGGGUGAAAGGCCUCGGCUGGUGGAAAUGAGCUACAUAUCCCUGAACCACACCAACUGCCUGAGCCCAAACAGACCAGAGGAGAUCGUCAUCACCAUAGAUGAGACGCUGGAGCAGCAUCCUCCGGACACUUACUCUGGGACCUAACUGGGACCUCCAACCCUUUUCUGAGAGAAACGAAGCAGCAUUAUUUGCUUGCUUUUCUUGUUAAAGUGGAUUUACAAGUCUGCCGUGAAUUCAAGCUUUAUCCACUGAUCCAUCACCUGCAGGUGGGUGGUAACACCUGUGUAAAGAUGGUCCCUGAGGGGACAUCAAUGGCUGAUGUUUGUGUCUGACUGGACUCCUUUAUGCUGAGAUUAAUGAAGAGGAUGGCUGCUGGUGAUUUUGGAAUACCAGUCAGAAUUGAAAUGUUUAUUUUUUUGUCUUUGUGCUAACCCUUCUCAUCAUGUAACCUCUUAAGCUUGUGAAAGUACCACAUUCUUGCAGUGAACUUUACCUGAAAACAGUAUUUAAUCAUCCUAAAUAUACACCAGCUGUUGGUCAGUGCUUACUGUAAUAUUACCAGUAUCGAGGUUAAAUACUCCACCUUCAUAACAACAGUGACAGUUUUUUAUUUUUCUUGAUGCGGUGAGACAAUUUUUUAAUUGUAAAAUUUGCAUUAAGCAAUUUGAAUGACACCAUUAUUUCUGUGUACUUAGACUGUAAUUACUGAGGAAAAAAUGAAAUUUUGUAGCUUCAUGUAAUGAGCUUGAUGUGAAAAAGUGAUAAAUCACCCGUAGGAACUCUGGUUACAUCUGAAUGCAAAAAAGUUAAAAACAAAAGCUAUUCUUCAGCCGGUCACAUUUCUGGUUAAACGUUUUAACAUGUCCUUGGGAUCAAAUACCGUUUAUUGCUCUUUUAUUGUUUUAAUGUUUC